AUGGCUGCCUCUACCUUGUCCAUUUGCUCCAGUGACUUGAGCUAUGACAGCCGGGUCUGCCUGCCCGGUUCCUGUGACUCUUGCACUGACUCCUCCUGGCAAGUGGACGACUGCCCAGAGAGCUGCUGUGAGCCCUGUGGCUGUGCCCCCAGCUGCUGCCAGCCUAGCUGCUGUGUUCCUUGCUGUGCCCCCAGUUGCUGUGUCCCCAGCUGUUGCCAGGCCAGCUGCUGUGCCCCCUGCCUGACUCUCAUCUGCACCCCAGUGAGCUGUGUGUCCAGCCCCUGCUGCCAGUCUUCCUCCUGCACACCCUCAUGCUGCCAGCAGUCUAGCUGCCAGCCAGCUUGCUGUACCUGCUCCCCCUGCCAGCAGCCCUGUGGUGUGACCCUUUGCUGCAAGCCUGUCUGCUGCACACCCAUCUGCUCUGAAUCCUGCUGCCAGCAGUCUAGCUGCCAGUCCUCCUGCUGCCAGCCCUCCUGCUGUGUGCCUGUCUGCUGCAGGCCUGUGUGCUGCACACCCAUCUGCUCUGCCUCCUCCUCCUCCUGCUGCCAGCCCUCCUGCUGUGCUCCUGUGUGCUGCAAGCCUGUGUGCUGCAAGCCCUGCUCCAGCCUGUCCCUGCUGUGCAGCCCUGUGUGCAGACCUGCCUGCUGUGUGCCCACCUCCUCCUGCUGUGCCUCCUCUUGCCAGCCCAGCUGCUGUCGCCCAGCCUCCUGUGUGUCCCUGCUGUGCCGCCCUGCCUGCUCCAGACAGGCCUGCUGAGCCUCUCCUCAGGCAGAAGUCCUCCUCAGGCAGAAGCUGCUGA